AUGAAUACACUUGACAAGCAAUUGGCUGAUUUGCGUAUAUAUGCGAACGAGUUAGACGCAAAGCUACAAGACGAUAUAAACACAACUAAAAGAAAACCCUCCAUUCCUCCCAAGAAGACGAAGCCUCCACUGCCUCAAGUACCUCAGAGUUACUCUGUUAAAUCUGCAUGUGAGCCAUCCUACUCAUCACGCCUGGAAUCUGGCAGCCGCACUAGUUCUACCUACUCAAAUUUAGUGCCAGUAAAAAGCUGUAUUGUCAGAAAUUCGGCCAGAGGAAAGACUGGAGAUGUAUUAUUGUACAGUAAUCUCGUCCCUCCUGGUGGUGUCAGUCAUGUCUACACCAACGUUCCAGUACAACGAAGCGAAAAUUUUUACGAUAGAGACACUAGGUCUGAGGUGUCCAGGAUUAGUGAUUUAGGUGUUCAGUCAAAUUAUAGCGAGUUACGACGUCCUGGUUCGGCUUAUCCACCAUCAUCAGCAUCAGUUAACGCCCAGGAUUUCUCUACAUAUGGUGGAUCACAAACUUCGUCUACAUAUGAAUCACUCUAUGAGCCAAUUAAUCCUCGACCUUGUAGCCAGUUAUCAGGAACAUCAUUGUAUGGAGGUUAUGUUGGUACCACAAUAGAAUCAAUCCCAGAACCAGAUGAUGCAUUAUACUGUGGUAAUUGCUAUCGCUGUGGGGAGAAGAUCAUGGGAGAGACAACCGGUUGCACAGCGAUGGAGAGAAUUUAUCAUAUUAAAUGCUUUUGCUGCCAGCAGUGUGGGAUAAAUCUUCAAGGAAGACCCUUCUAUGCUGUUCAAAGCAGAGCACUCUGUGAAAGAGAUUAUCUUGAGACAUUGGAGAAGUGUUGUGUAUGUGGAGAUCCUAUAUUGGAUCGGAUCCUUAGAGCUACGGGCAAACCUUACCAUCCUCGUUGUUUUACUUGUGUUGUGUGUCAGAAGAGCCUGGAUGGAAUACCAUUUACAGUGGAUGCUGUUAAUCGCAUCCAUUGCAUCGAAGAUUUUCAUAAAAGAUACGCGCCUCGAUGUGCCCGUUGUCGUGAACCCAUAGUCCCAGAAGGUGGGGCAGAAGAAACCGUCAGAAUUGUGGCAUUGGACAAGAGUUUUCACAUUGCUUGUUAUGCCUGCGAGGACUGUGGUGCAUCGCUAUGUUCACGGGAGGAAGGUCGGGGUUGUUACCCACUAGAUGACCAUUUAUACUGCAAAGAAUGCAAUGCCAGACGCAUUCAAGAUCUUUCGCGAAAUAUCAAUUAA